AUGGAACCUUUCUUAAAGGAGAGAGAUACAGCAAUCAGAUCUUUAACAAGAGAACAGAAAGUUUAUUUGUUUAAGAAAGUCAUUAAGGCAUUUCCAAAAUUCCAGUCUCUGUUACCAUAUCGUACAUACGAGGAUGUAGAUUUGUUUGAGAAAAUCAUUAAAGCAUUUCCAAAAUAUCCGUCUCUAUUAGCAACUUAUAUACACGAGGAUAUAGAGUAUUAUGACAUGUCUUUUAUCAAUAUGUUGAAAGUAACUCUUCUAGAAAACUUUGAAGCAAAAGUUGAAUUGGAAGUAUUUGAAAAUCCUUAUAUUGAGAACACUAAAUUAGAGCGUAUUAUUUGUUUAGAUGAUAAUAAGGGUCAUUUAGAUAAAAUUAAUUAUAGAGAAGGAGUGGAAAAGUGUGAUUUAUUUAAUUUCUUUGGAGAAGAAGAAGUUGUUGAUUUAUCAUAUUUUAAUCUUAUUUAUGAUUUAUACCUUGAAUUAGGUAUUGGAAUUAUUUUAGAAUAA